GAAUGUUCCGUUUGGCUGCUGUGCACUGGCCACUCCUGCACACCUUUCCUUCCGAGGUGACCACCUCAGCUACUGGACUCGGAGGCUCAAGCCACCAGGCACGGUGGCCAGAGCGCCAUGGACCCCCGCUCCGGCAGGCGUGGUUGUCAUGGGACCAGGGCACCUCGCGGUGCGCGGCUGGCACUCUUCACGCCCCCUGGCCGAGGACUCCGUGGUGGAGAAGUCCCUCAAGUCCCUCAAGGACAAGAACAAGAAGCUGGAGGAGGGCGGCCCCGUGUACAGCCCCCCGGCACAGGCGCUGCAGAGGAAGUCCAUCGGGCAGAAGGUCCUGGACGAGCUGAAGCACUACUACCACGGCUUCCGCCUGCUCUGGAUCGACACCAAGAUCGCCGCGCGCACGCUCUGGCGCAUCCUCAACGGCCACACCCUCACCCGCCGGGAGCGCAGGCAGUUUCUCCGCAUCUGCGCUGACCUCUUCCGCCUGGUCCCCUUCCUCGUCUUCGUGGUGGUGCCAUUCAUGGAGUUCCUGCUGCCCGUGGCUGUGAAGCUCUUCCCCAACAUGCUGCCAUCCACGUUCGAGACGCAGUCCAUCAAGGAGGAGAGGCUGAAGAAGCAGCUGCGGGUCAAGCUGGAGCUGGCCAAGUUCCUCCAGGACACCAUCGAGGAGAUGGCACUCAAGAACAAGGCGGCCAAGGGCAGCGCCGCCAAGGACUUCUCCGCCUUCUUCCAGAAGAUCCGAGAGACGGGGGAGAGACCCAGCAACGAGGAAAUCAUGCGCUUUUCCAAACUGUUUGAGGACGAGCUGACCCUGGACAGCCUCACGCGGCCGCAGCUGGUGGCGCUGUGCAAGCUGCUGGAGCUGCAGUCCAUCGGCACCAACAACUUCCUGCGCUUCCAGCUCACCAUGAGGCUGCGGUCCAUCAAGGCCGACGACAAGCUGAUUGCCGAGGAGGGGGUGGACAGCCUGAACGUCAAGGAGCUGCAGGCAGCGUGCCGGGCGCGGGGCAUGCGGGCCCUCGGCGUCACGGAAGACCGGCUGCGGGAGCAGCUGAAGCAGUGGCUGGACCUUCACUUGCAUCAAGAGAUCCCCACGUCACUGCUGAUCCUGUCCCGAGCCAUGUACCUCCCGGACACCCUGUCGCCUGCCGACCAGCUCAAGUCCACGCUGCAGACCCUCCCAGAGAGUGUGGCCAAGGAAGCCCAGGUGAAGGCAGCGGAGGUGGAAGGCGAGCAGGUGGACAACAAGGCCAAGCUGGAGGCCACGCUGCAGGAGGAGGCGGCCAUCCGGCAGGAGCACCGGGAGAGGGAGCUGCGGGAGGCAGCCCAGGCGGCAGAGGCGGUGAAGGACGUCGAGCCGGAAGGAGUGGAAGCUGCCCCCGGGAGGCCAGAGGCCAAGCUGCAGCCAGAGGCCCCGGAUGUGAUCCUGCCGUCCGAGGUUCUGAAGGACACUGCACCUGUGCUGGAUGGCCUGAAGGAGGAGGAGAUCACCAAGGAGGAGAUCGACCUCCUGAGCGACGCCUGCUCCAAGCUGCAGGGGCAGCAGAAGCCCCUGACCCGGGAGAGGGAGGAGCUGGAGCUGCUGAAGGGGGACGUCCAGGACUACAGCGAGGACCUGCAGGAGAUCAGGAAGGAGCUCUCCAAGACCGGGGAGGAGAAGUACGUGGAGGAGUCGAAAGCCAGCCAGCGCCUGACGAAGAGGGUGCGGCACAUGAUCGGGCAGAUCGACGGCCUGAUCGCGCAGCUGGAGGCGGGGCCGCAGGCCGGCUCGCCGGGCCCCGCCUCGGCCACCUCCACGGGGGAGAACGUCAUCAGUGUCACGGAGCUCAUCAGUGCCAUGAAGCAAAUCAAGGACAUUCCGGAGAACAAACUGCUCAGUCUGGCCUCAGCCCUGGGGGAGCACAAGGACGGCAAGGUCAACAUCGACGACCUGGUCAAGGUGAUCGAGUUGGUGGACAAAGAAGACGUGCAGGUCUCCCCCAGCCAGGUGGCCGAGAUCGUGGCGACGCUGGAGAAGGAGGAGAAGGUGGAGGAGAAGGAGAAGGCCAAGGAGAAGGCGGAGAAGGAGGCGGCCGAAGCGAAGAACUAGGCUGCCCUGGCUCGGCCACGCCGCCCACGCCUGCCCGUCCCGCACUGGCCGCGCGAGUGGCACGUCUCGGAUUGUGUCUGGAAUAAAUCAGAAACUUCCGUAAUCAAGUCAUUUUUAAUUUUCAUCAUUCCAUGAAGAUCAAGUCAGUGUGGAAUCCCCAAGCCCUUCCAGGGAGGCCGUGUCUGGACGCACACUGGCUCGGGCCAGGCUGGACAGGAGGCCGCCUCCCCGAGUAUGCCCUCUGUCCCCGCAGGAGAGCCCAGGUGGGCAGCGGCACCAGCAGGGAGUCGGCGGACACACUUGGCCGCCCCGCCCUGGACGCCGGUGCAGAGUCUGCGAGCAGUCACGUCCGUCCUGCCAGCCCUGUGCCAGCCGCGUGCCAGCCCCGGCGUGUGUUGGUUGACCUUUGAUUUUCCCCCAGUCCUGUAGCCCAUCAGCUGCGAUGUCGGUGGUGGCCAGAGACGCCAGCAAGUGCUUCUGUCCAGUGCCCGGCAGGGCUUCCUGCGGCUUCUCCUCAGCCCUCAGCCAGCGCUGGGCGGGACCUCGGCCCCUGUCCCACGUGGGGGCCAUGGAGAGCAGCCUCCCUGCACCCCACUCGUCCUUACAGAGGGUCCCAGACGUGACGCCGGGACCUGAGGCUUUUCUUGGGAACCUGGCAGAACAGGCGUCGGAGGGCGCCUUUGGCUCGAGCCGCACUCGGAGUUGUUGGGAAGGAGCAGGGGUGGGGCCUGGUGUUGAGCCCCUCCCUCAGCGCGGGCCGCGGCCUCUCCACUGGUUGGUUUCCCUGAGUUGGCUUUAUUUAUUGCAGCAGAGAGCGUGUCCAGGGACAGGCCCGAGACGCGCCCCAGAAAUGAGGGGUGUGUGAUGGGUUUCUGUUGAAGGCGCUGCCUUGGGGAGGGCUUUGCGUGCUGGGACGGCCGUGCCUCGAGUCUCCCACGCCCCCCACGCGCCCACUGCCCACGUGAUCGUGAGCCUGGCCUGUGGCCUGCAGAGCCGAGUGGGUCCGUCUGGACUCCACACAUCCAGGGCACCGUCUGUUAUAGACGACCCGGCAGUGGUUCUCACGGGGGGUCUUGGGGCCGGCAGGAGGCAGCCCUGUGCUGUGUGCCAGGCCGCAUGAGAACACGGGGACCUGGGGGUCUGCUUUGGUGAUGGUGGUGUGGGCCGGGACUGGUGCCACGCCAGCCCCUCAGCCUGGGUCCAGCAGCCCGGCCUUGCCUUCGGCUUCCUUCGAUGGUAGCCGCCUUACGUAGCUUCAGGCCCGUCCAGGCCUCCUGCCCGUGCCCCUGCCUGCCUGCUGGGCCGCAGGAGGCCUCUGGCCAGUCGUUACAGUCCGUGCCUCACUGGCCUGGGCCCUGUGCUAGCAGCCAGCGUGUGGUGGUGAUUUCUAGACUUUGAUGUAGGAAUGAUUUAAUAAAAAGUGCUGUCUCAUUGUC